AUGAGUCUUAUUUUUACGCUUGGUGUUUUAUGGAUUGUUGUGCAGUGUUCAGCUCUACUCGUUGGUUAUUUUUUAACAAGUUCUUUGAUGAACCGUUCUAAUGGAGAACUUUUAUGGAAUUUUUUCGAAAAUUGGCUUAACGAGAAAUUGGGUGCUAGUGAAACUAUUGUUAAAAACAUGGAUGUAAAAAAUAUUUCCAGUCAAUUCCGUAAUUCACCGUGGAAAGGUGUGACAAUACCGGAACCAGCCAACAAACUGCUUGAAGAGUUGAUUGAACAGCUAAUUGAUAACUAUGUAAAUAGUUGGUAUAAAGCAAAAGUAAGCGGUGAUGCAGCAUUUGUCAAUGAAAUAAGGUAUCAGAUUCGUUAUGCUGCUGCUGCUUUGUAUUUACGCUUUCGGGAAAUUGAUCUUUCCUCGACAAUCUUGUUUGAGGCUGUACCGCUGGCAGUAAUACAUUGUGAUAGGGUUGAACAUUUAAGUGCAGUUAUUAACAAAAAUGUAUGUUCAUCUCAGUUGGUUGAAACGAAAAUCCUGGAAGCCAUGCCGGAUGUGCAUUUUGCUCUUAGCUCACGACAAAAUGAAGUAGAUUAUCUGCGCGAAUUGGCUGAUCACUUAAUUGGGCUUAUAAUGGAUGAAAGCUGUAUUGCGGGUCAUUCUAAUGAUGAAGAUACUCCUUUUCGUGACAUUCUUAAUAAUCGUUCGCAACCGUGGGCAAGUCAUGUGUGUCGCCAUUUUCUGCGGGAACUUUUUGUUUUUUCGUUUUUUUUACCUGCUAUGGAUUUAAUAGCUGAUCCAGAUGUCAUCAAUCGAGUCCUGAUAUUUCUUUUUGGCUCGGAUGCUUUCAAUCGUCCGCAAAUAUCUCAGGACAGCAAACAAGUAGAAAUCUUACAUGGACUUACUGAUUAUUCUUCAAACGACACUCCUGACUCAUUGCUUCAAUUGAAGCUUAGUGAUAUGCUUCGAGAUACUGGACAGUUGAUGAUGUUCAGAGCAUACUUAAAUGAUAUUCAUGCACCUCUAAAUGAACUUGACUUUUUAGUUCAUGCGGGAGAUGCGCAUGGAAGAAUGCUUAAUAUUCAGAGUGAUCACGUUGCAAUGAAUGAGCUGCAAUACGACAUUUGGGAGCUUUUUAUUAAAUAUAUACACGAAGGUGCUCCAGAUAGGGUUAACCUUCCUAUUGAGAUUAGCUAUAAUUUCGGCGAAGCAAUAGAAAAGCAUGACUGUGAACUGCUUGAUCGAUGUCUAGAAAAGGCUUUUCAAAUUGUAUACAAACGAAUACAACAUGAAUAUGUUAUACCAUUUUGUCAAUCAGAAUGUUUCUUUGGUAAUUUAUGUGGUCCUCGACCUGCUGAUAUUGAUGAAUUAAUUACACCCGGCGAAUAUACUAAAUCAACUCGUUGUCUUUUACCAGCUGUGGAACCGAAUUAUUCCCUAACUCAGUUCAGGAAUCGGUUUUGGCGAAUGGUCUUACCAACAGCUGGAUCGAUGGAUCCAUCGUUUGAUCAUUUGAAUAAUAUUGCAUUAAGCGAGGUGGGUAAUGGGAUCGAAUCUGAUAAUAUCACACAAAGUUUGAGUUCCAAUUCACCAAGUGAUAGUGCAACUAUACCAACUUUUGAGCCCGAUGAAGAGCUUAUUGAACAGCAGCAGACGAAUUCGACUAAUUCAUUUGAGAUACCGAUGUUUGAUCCGGAACGUGAUAUGAAUAAAUGGAAUGUAACAAUCCCAUUUGUUGAGCCACGGCGUGAUCCUGUUGGUGGUCAUACGAUAUAUGUUUAUGUUAUUUUGGUUGAAAGGUUUGAUAUAAGUGAUGACGUUAAGCGGGCAUCUUUAUCAGCCACUGUAGCAUCACAGAAAUGGUCUGUGAUUCGUCAUUACAACGAAUUUUACGUUCUGGAAUCAAAACUGAUAGAGUUUCACGGAAAUACGAUUAAAACUGAGUCACUGCCACCGCGGCGUUUUUUCAACUGUAAGAGUCGUGUUUAUGUGGAGUCGCGACGUGAAAAUUUCGAGCGUUUCAUUCAGCUACUCACAAAACAGCGAUCAUUAAAACAGUCAGAUUUGCUGUUUGUUUUUUUGAGUACUGAACAAAGGUUGAAGGACUCAACACAAAUUUCUGAUCUUUAUCCGUGGAAUAUGGUGAAAAAGGUGCCGAGUAAAUUUGCUCGUGAAAGAGGUCAGAAUUUAAAACCAUUUAUUUUAUCCCUGCUAGCGACGACACUGGUUCCUGAUCCGAACAACUCAACUGAAUCGAGCACUACAUCAUCCAUUAAUCCAGAAAUUGUAAGUCAAGCACGAAGGAUAUUGCAAAGUGAUAUAUACGGUGACAAUUGUCCGGGUGCUCAGAUAGAUUUCUCCCUCACAAAAAGUACAUUGUGGACGAACAAUUUCUAUGAUGCCAUCCUUUUCAUUUUGAAUCGGUUGUUUGGUGUUGUUCGAUGGCCAAUAUGGAUCAUUAUUACCAUUCGGCAUUUGAUGGGAGGUACCAUUGAUGCUGUAGCAGCUGUUCUAUUUAGACGAUUUCUGAAUAAAAUAUUUGUGGAAGUUAAUUGCAUACGUUUAUUACAUUUCAUUCAACAAUCAAUUUUUGGUCUUAAAAACGCAACAGAAACUGAUCAGGAAAAAGUGCUACGUAUGGAAUUGGCGCAGCGUUUAACAUUGAAAUACUUACAGGAACAACUGCCAACUUGUUUUAUUAAAUUAAUUGGCCAUAACCAGUUCUGUCAGCGAAUGCAGACCAUUUUUCAUAUCUUGCAAUAUCCACGUUUAAAUAAACAACUAGCAUAUGUUUAUCUUGACAUAAUUAUACAAAAACUAUUUCCAAUCGAAGAUGAGCAAAAGUUGGAGAUUAAAUAG